UUACAAUGUUUUCAUAAGAGAGAGAAAAGAAGAAAUCAAAUAUAUGGCUUCUCAUGAUUUCUCCUUCAUCUUCUACAUAACUCUGUUUCUUCUAUUCCAUGGAAAUAUUAAUGCUACUUAUGACCAGGUGGUAAGUCCUGGAUUCUCGUACAGCGGCACCAACGACGGUCCGGGCAAAUGGGGAAAUAUAAACCCGGCUUAUGUUAAAUGUCGGACCGGAAAAACACAAUCGCCGGUUGAUAUUGUCGUCAAUCAAGCAGUUAUUAACAAGUCCUUGACCUCGUUAUCAACGGACUACUUCCCUGUCAACGCUACUCUUAUCAACCAUAAAUUCAUUAUCGAGUUGCGUUUGGGAAAUGCUGGGAAGUUCAAUUUAAAUGGCAAAGACUAUACCUUGACACAAAUGCAUUGGCAUACCCCUUCUGAACACAGAAUCAAUGGAGUCCAAUAUGGUGCAGAGGCCCAUAUGGUCCAUGUAGCUGCCGACGGAAGUAGGGCGGUUAUCGGAAUCUUAUACAAGAUCGGAAAAGCCGAUCCCCUCGUCGCUAGGAUGCAAAAUAAAUUGGUUGAACUCGCGAAUGAACAAGGCGGAGAUAUUGGCGUUGGGAAAUUCAACACCAAGAAAUUAGGAAGGAAGACUCGCAAAUACUAUCGUUACGUCGGUUCACUUACUACUCCUCCGUGUAUCGAAGAUAUUAAUUGGACUAUUCUCGGCAAGGUAAGAUCAAUUUCUAAAGAGCAGAUAAAUCUUUUGGAGGCACCAUUGGAAACAACAUGCAAGACCAAUUGCAGGCCGCUGCAGCCACUCAACUCGCGACAUGUCGAAAUGUACGAUGAAUUGGUUUGAAUUAAAAAAAAAAAUCUAAGUCAAUUAAGUUGAAUAUAAGUAUGAAACAUAAUGUAUUAUGGGUUGUGAAAAAUAAAUAAUAAUAAUAUGUUACUUCUAA